AUGGAGUACUAUGCAUCACAAAAAAGCACUAAUGAUCACAUGAAACAUGUCGUUUCAUUGGAAGAGUUUGAGGAAAUUAUGCUAAACAAAGCCAGCCAAUCACAAAUGGCCAAGUAUAACAUGAGUUCCCUGAGAGUUGCUGAUAUAACUGAAGAAUUCAGCAGGCACCCGGGGCUGCCGAGCGGCUGGGAGGAGGCGGCGAGCUGGGGCUGGGGCAGCGCGCCCUGGUCCCCAGGGCCCAGCGGCCCCACCGGCCUCCGCCCUAGGCUUUCCCCGGGCGCCCUGCGGAGCAGGGGAGAAGCGCCCAGACAUACCAUUCGUCACUUAAUUGAAAUGGAAACAUUUCUGGAAACUCUCCAGAUCUUGGGAAAAGUUCUAUACUACCUGUCAGAAUCUUUAGUUUACAUGAUAAUUCCCAAGAGGAAGAAAAGUGUGGCUGGAGAAAUUGUACUUAUAACAGGAGCUGGGAGUGGACUCGGGAGACAGCUGGCCAUUAAAUUUGCCCGUCUUGGAGCCAUUUUAGUUCUCUGGGACAUUAAUAAAGAAGGCAACAUGGAAACAAGUAGACAAGUCCAGGAAAAUGGUGGUGUGAAAGUAUUCACCUAUACUUGUGACUGCAGUAACAGGCAAGAGGUCUACAGUGUUGCGAACCAGGUUAAACAAGAAGUUGGUGAUGUAACUAUCCUCAUUAACAAUGCUGGAAUGGUGACAGGAAAAAUGUUCCUUGAUAUUCCGGAUCAUAUGAUAGAAAAAUCAUUCCUCAUAAAUACCUUGUCACAUUUCUGGACUUAUAAAGCCUUCCUUCCAGCCAUGAUUGAAGCUAACCAUGGUCACUUGGUCUGUAUUUCAAGUGCAGCAGGAUUAAUCGGUUGUGCUAGAUUAGCAGAUUACAGUGCAAGUAAAUUUGCAGCCUGUGGAGUCUUAGAAUCUUUAUUUAUUGAAUUAAAUAUGAACAAGCAAAAUAAAAUCAAAACUACCAUAAUUUGUCCAUAUUUCAUCAAAACUGGUAUGUUUGAUGGCUGUACAACCAAAUACCCAUUUCUAUUACCUUUAAUGGAUACAGAGUACGUGACUCAAACCACUGUAAAUGCUAUUUUAGAGGAAGAUUUUUAUACACUAAUUCCCAAGUUUUUGUAUGUUGCUCUGACCCCUAAAUUACUUGUAAAAUGCCUGUAUGCUGCUAACAGUAACCACAUACCUACUAAGUUAAAAUCUGGCACAUCUAGCCCACUCAACACUACCACAGAAGAAAGGUUUAGUGAGGAACUUCUAUAA